AUGGAGUUUGUGAAGAGAGUAUUGGGAAGCAGCAAGAGAUUGUAUCCUGAAAACAGUGGUGGAAGUGGCAGCUACGGCAGAAGAUUGAGCACCUCAAAGAAGAAGAAGAAGAAGGCUCCACAGGGUUGCAUUUGCGUCUACGUUGGAGCCGAGAGAGAGAGAUUCGUGAUCAAGGUAAAGAUCGCAAACCACCCUUUGUUCAAGGCGCUUUUGGACGCUGCUGAGAGAGAAUAUGGCUAUCGAAACAAUGGUCCCUUGUGGCUCCCUUGCGAUGUUGACUUGUUCUCUGAGGCGCUUAAGGAUAUGGAAAAUAGCAUCCAAGGAGAAGAAGAAACGGGUUCUGUAGGUUGCGCCGCCUUUGCUGCGGGUCACAGUUUCCGGCGCAGCCCCUCAUCAGCUUCUAAUAAUUACAUCAGUUGUAGAUAUUUGUUGACGGGAUCUGUCAUUCACCAUUACCAAACCCUUGUUAGUUGA